AUGCUGCGAAACUGUCCAAAUGAGGAUUUUCAGCAGUCUUCUUUCUUUAAAACACGGCCUCAACUACCAUCACCGGAAGAUGUCCGUGCCCAGGCUCGUGCUCAAUAUUUAGCAGGAUCUGGCCCGGACAAGCGAAAGGUUUUUGGAGAUGCAGGCCCACAAUGGAAUCCGCCACCUGCUUCGUUUGCAUCAAUGGGUUUGUUUGUCAAGUCGGGCGCCAACAUUAUGAUCGCCGAAGGUCAAAGUCUCUAUGCGGUCUGUCACUUUUUAAAAGGCAGUGUGCCAGUUCCUGAGUUGUAUGGUUGGCGUACUGAUGGAGGCAACAUCAGUCGGGAACAUAUGUAUGACAGAGCUAUCGCCGAUCGAUUCAUGGCAGAAGCAGGACCUUUUCAGUCUGUCGAGGAGUUCCAUGACUGGUUUGUUUUUCUCUGCCGGCGCCCAAUGGCGGAUCCAUACUCCAUUCCAAUGGAGCCCUUUCGCUCUGAACUCCCUGAUGAUGCUGCAAUAAGUUUCACGCACGGAGACCUCCAUAGGAGUAAUAUCAUGGUAUCAAAGUCAGAACCAUGGCGGGUUGUUUCAAUUGUUGAUUGGGAACAGUCAGGCUGGAUGCCAGAAUACUGGGAGGAUCGAAAGGGCACUUCACUUCAGAAUGGAAGGGCGAGUGGGCUACCAAAUACUUACCAAUGA